CCCGGAUCUUACCGCUCAUCCUAGCCAAUUACAUAAGCCCCGUGUUUACACCCGCCCCAAGCGGGCGAUAGUUGGACUUAGCGUGAAAACAGCGCCAAACAGCCCAAACAGCCCAAACACCCCUGUUCAGAUCGACCAUUGACUGCCCAUUUCCCUCUCUCGAACUGGAAGAGACUCCCUUGCUGUUUUCCUUUUGUCAGUUUCUCAGACAGGUUUCUCAUUCUUUCGUGUUUGCUCCACUCUCCUCAUCCCCUUCGUCUCCGUCUUUGUUGUGUUUCUCCCCCUCCCUGGCUUGAGUAUGUCGCAUACAGGUACUUUUAGGGGAACACCCAAUAAGACCAUCGGGAGAGGAAGGCUGCCCCCGGAAUUUGAGAGCUCAAGUGCUUCCCACAUCCCCCGACCUCGCUCAGACCGUCCAGAACCCUCCGUCGCCUCCACUACCCACACUCCCUCCAGCGACGUCGGAAGUGGCACCAUGAGCGCCGCCAGUAGCAGACAGAGACAGAACCAGUCGAAGCGUGAUGAGGCGAUUCGUCGUAAGAUGGAGGCCGACCUCAACAAGAAGAGGCACAACCCAACUAAGGCAAGAAAUACCCGCAAAGCCCCGCCGGGCACCGUGCUCGCCUUGAAGCCCAGCCAGGCUCUCCAGAUCAAGCCGACCCUGAGCAUUGCCGAAGCCGCACAGCUGAUGGCCGCGAAGCGGGAAGAUUGUGUGUUGGUUACUGAUGACGAUGAGCGAAUUGCUGGUAUUUUCACCGCGAAGGAUUUGGCUUUCCGUGUGGUUGGCGCUGGCCACAAGGCGCGAGAGGUGACCGUCGCCGAGAUUAUGACCAAGAACCCCCUAUGUGCGCGGACGGACACUAGCGCUACCGAUGCGCUUGACCUGAUGGUCCGGAAGGGCUUCAGACAUCUGCCCGUCAUGGACGAGAAUCAGGAUAUUUCGGGUAUUCUGGAUAUCACCAAGUGCUUCUACGAUGCGAUGGAGAAGCUGGAGCGUGCCUAUAGCUCAUCGCGCAAGCUGUACGAUGCGCUGGAGGGUGUUCAGACCGAGUUGGGCUCCAGCCAGCCCCAGCAGGUGAUUCAGUACGUCGAGGCUCUGCGAUCGAAGAUGUCCGGCCCUACUCUCGAAACUGUCCUGGAUGGUAUGCCCCCAGUCACCGUUUCCGUCCGAACCACGGUCAAGGAUGCCGCGGCAUUGAUGAAGGAGAACCACACCACUGCCUUACUUGUGCAGGACCAGGGCUCCAUUACUGGUAUCUUCACCAGCAAGGAUAUCGUUCUCCGUGUCAUCGCCCCCGGUCUUGACCCUGCCACCUGCAGUGUGGUUCGCGUCAUGACUCCCCACCCUGAUUUUGCUCCCUCUGAUAUGAGCAUCCAGGCCGCCCUUCGCAAGAUGCACGAUGGCCACUACCUUAACCUCCCCGUCAUGAACGAGGGCGGUGAGAUUGUUGGCAUGGUUGAUGUGUUGAAGCUCACCUAUGCCACCCUUGAACAGAUCAAUACCAUGUCGACUCAGGACGACGAGGGUCCAGCCUGGAACAAGUUCUGGCUGUCAAUGGAUCACGAGUCCGACUCGAUGGUCUCUGGCAGUCAGCCGGCGCCUCACACGCCACACCGCUCCGUCAUGAGCCCCGACCUUGCUCGGUCACAGUACGAUAACAGCGUCCUGCCGAACGAGUCUGCUUCGCACCACGGCGGUGAAGAGCACUCCGAAGUGGCGUCUCAGCACCACCAGCACCACCAUACCGAGAACGCUCCAUUCCCCUUCAAGUUCAAGGCUCCUGGUGGUCGGGUGCACCGUGUGAACGUGCUGAGCUCCUCUGGCGUUUCCGAUCUGGUCUCCCAGGUGACUGCCAAACUUGGCUCUGAGGUUGAGGCCGUGGGCGGCGAGGCCGUAGUGGAGGAGGGCCGACUCAGCAACACCGGUUAUGCUCUGAGCUACAUGGAUAAUGAGGGCGAUACUGUUUCGAUUACCACCGACCAGGACAUGCUGGAUGCCAUUGAUCUUGCCCGCCGUGCCCAUCGCGACAAGGUUGAUCUCUUCGUUCAUGACCCGGCUCAGCCUCCCAUCCCUGCCACUCUCGACCCCCAGCCCGCUAAGCCUGCGACCCCCGUCAUUGAGGAGCCCAAGAGUGUGAUUACAGAGACCCCCUCGGAGGAGCCUUUGUUGAGCAAGCCCCGACAGGCCUUCCCUGCACACCACGGCCCGGAGGAGCAGUUCAUCACUGGUGUUCCCAACGAGCUUCUUCUUCCCGGAGCCAUCGUUACUCUGGCCGCGGUGAUCGCGGGUGUGUUCAUCCUCAGCCGUCCCAGCGGCCGUUGAAAACCAUUUGCAUUUGUUAUUCGUUUCUAGACAUCACUCCCUUGUUCUUCGGUCUCAUAUAUCUCCCCGGGGAACCACUCCAAAUAGUCUCGACCAACUUCUCCCCACCUUUUGUUCAUUUUGGCUACUCUUGAUGUGUUCGUUUGGCGAGAGUGCAUACCCCCCUUUCUAAUUAUCGAUAUUCCGUGUCGCGUCCAGAUACCGCUGUUCUAGUCAUGAUCAGUUGCGGCCAAGUAGUUUAGCCUUCAAUGCAAAUAACUUUGUUCUUACAGGAUGUUACACUAAUGUAGAAAGCCGAAUGAACCUCGC